GUGCCAGUGAGGAGAAGAAAGAAGGCUGGUCUUGGGCGUCCUACUUGGAGGAGCAGAAAGCUGUCGCUGCCCCUUUAGAUCUCUUCCAGGAUUACCAAGUAGCUUCCCAGCACAAGAAUGGCUUUAAAGUGGGGAUGAAGCUGGAGGGGAUCGAUCCGCAGCACCCGUCCAUGUACUUCAUCCUGACAGUGGCUGAGGUGUGCGGUUACCGGAUGCGCCUCCACUUUGAUGGCUACUCCGAGUGCCACGAUUUCUGGCUGAACGCUGACUCCCCUGACAUCCACCCUGCUGGCUGGUUUGAGGAGACGGGGCACAAACUCCAGCCCCCAAAAGGUUAUAAGGAAGAAGAAUUCAGCUGGACCAACUACCUGAAGAUAACAAAGGCUCAGGCAGCUCCUAAGCACCUCUUCAUGGUCCGAAACACUCACGAGGCUUCCCCAGGCUUCGAGGUGGGCAUGAAGCUUGAAGCUGUGGACCGUAUGAACCCUUCCCUGAUCUGUGUUGCCACAGUGACUGACGUGGUGGACAAUCGCUUUUUGGUGCACUUUGACAACUGGGAUGAUACUUACGACUACUGGUGUGACCCCAGCAGCCCGUACAUCCACCCAGUGGGAUGGUGUCAGGAGCAUGGCAAACCCCUCACACCUCCUCAAGAUUAUCCUGACCCUGACAACUUCACCUGGGAAAAGUACUUAAAGGAAACAGGAGCAUCUGCUGUCCCAGCUUGGGCCUUCAAAGUGCGCCCGCCACACGGCUUCCUGGUCAACAUGAAGCUGGAAGCAGUGGACAGGAGGACUCCCACCUUCAUCCGAGUGGCCAGUGUGGAGGAUGUUGAAGAUCACAGGAUAAAGAUCCAUUUUGAUGGCUGGAGCCACGUCUAUGAUUUCUGGAUUGAUGCAGAUCAUCCGGACAUCCACCCCAUAGGCUGGUGCUCAAAAACUGGGCACCCGCUGCAGCCUCCUCUCAGGCCAAAGGAACCAGCCUCAUCUGCCCAUGGGGGCUGCCCAACCCUGGGCUGCAAGAGCAUCCCUCACACCAAGAGCUCCAAGUACAGCUUUCACCACAGGAAGUGCCCCACGCCGGGUUGCGAUGGGUCAGGACAUGUGACUGGGAGAUUCACGGCCCAUUACUGCCUCUCAGGGUGCCCACUGGCGGAGAAGAACCAGGGCAGGCUUAAGGCAGACUUGUCCGACACUGAGGCCUCAACUCGCAAGAGGAACCUGAUUGGCUUCCCUCAGCGAAAGAAAUCUCGGCACCACGGGAGAGGGCGACCUCCAAAGUACCGGAAGAUCCAGCAGGAAGACUUCCAGACUGGUUCUUCAGACAAUAUGCACCAGUCGCUCUUCAUGUCUGCCCUGUCUGCCCACCCCGACCGCUCCCUGUCGCUCUGCUGGGAGCAGCACUGCAAACUCCUGCCGGGGGUGGCUGGCAUCACGGCAACUACAGUGGCCAAGUGGACCAUUGAUGAGGUCUUUAGCUUUGUUCAGACUCUGACGGGUUGCGAAGACCAAGCCAAGCUCUUCAAGGAUGAGAUGAUCGAUGGCGAGGCCUUCCUCUUGCUGACGCAGGCUGACAUCGUCAAGAUUAUGAGCGUCAAGCUGGGCCCGGCACUCAAGAUCUACAAUGCCAUCCUCAUGUUCAAGAACACUGAUGACACCUUAAAGUGA